CACCAGCAUCAUGGCGGAAUACUCAUACGUCAAGUCCACGAAACUCGUGCUCAAGGGAACGAAGGCUAAGAGUAAGAAGAAGAAGAACAAAGAUAAGAAAAGAAAGAGAGAAGAGGAUGAAGAAACUCAACUUGAUAUUGUUGGAAUCUGGUGGACCGUAACAAACUUCGGUGAAAUUUCAGGAACCAUAGCCAUUGAAAUGGAUAAAGGAACCUAUAUUCAUGCACUUGACAAUGGUCUUUUUACACUGGGAGCGCCACAUAAAGAAGUUGAUGAAGGCCCUAGCCCUCCAGAGCAGUUUACAGCUGUCAAACUGUCUGAUUCCAGGAUUGCCCUGAAAUCUGGCUAUGGAAAAUAUCUUGGUAUAAAUUCAGAUGGACUUGUUGUUGGACGCUCAGAUGCAAUUGGGCCAAGAGAACAAUGGGAGCCAGUCUUUCAAGAUGGGAAAAUGGCUUUAUUGGCCUCAAAUAGCUGCUUUAUUAGAUGCAAUGAAGCAGGUGAUAUAGAAGCAAAGAAUAAAACAGCAGGAGAAGAAGAAAUGAUAAAGAUCAGGUCCUGUGCUGAAAGAGAAACCAAGAAAAAAGAUGACAUUCCAGAAGAAGAUAAAGGCAAUAUUAAGCAAUGUGAAAUCAAUUAUGUAAAGAAAUUUCAGAGCUUCCAAGACCACAAACUUAAAAUAAGUAAAGAAGACAAUAAAAUUCUUAAAAAGGCUCGGAAAGAUGGAUUUUUGCAUGAGACACUUCUGGACAGGAGAGCCAAAUUGAAAGCUGACCGAUACUGCAAAUGA